AUGUCUGCCGAUGGCGACUACAUGCGAGAAUAUGUGCGAGAAACCUGCGACCAAGCCCUGGGGCAACUUGCCAAUGGACAGGUUCCGCUGGCUGAGAUGAUCAAAUCGAUGCAGAGGAUCUACAGGCCAGACUUGCUGGAUUUAUCCACGUCAUUGAAUGGACAGACUAAUUCCUGGGGGCAGAUGUUGUCAUGCUUGAACAUGUGCUACCACGGCGACGAGACCCGCCAGAAGAUACUUGAGACGAUUGCUUGGAGCCUGGAAGCAUUAGCUCGUGGAAAAUUUCCCGCAACUGAUCCUUGGGAUGUUCCCUUCAGCAAAAGCUACGAGCCACAUCGCUUCAAGAAGGCCGGUGCAAACCUAGUCGAAACAUCUGGUGCAGCCACCUGUGGCAUCUUCGACGGCAUACAAGCUGACUUGGAAUUCGUGAAGAGGAUUCUGUUCUUGAAGCGAAACUUGACUUGA